CCAUCAACUACCUACCAUUAUUAAAAGUCAGGGGAUAUUUGAUCCACAACUUCCAACGCUUAAAUAAAGUCGGUGCUGUGUGGGCAGGAGAGAUAGAUACCUAUACAUGUUAUAUUACCAUCGGCUGUCAAAACGGAAGAUCUUAUCUUUCAAAGUUCCCGCGUUGACCAUCACCCCGUAGUUUAAUACCGGGGAAAAGGGAGAAAUGAUAUCUUUCUCUCCACGACAAGAUUCCAGACAAAUAUGUGGAGAAGAUUGCGUAUGCGUAUACAUAGUACGCCGAAACAUUAUCACUUGUUUUAAAUCCCUCUUCAUAUUUAAUGGCCGGUAGGCUCACUCAGAAGAUCCUAGGUCACCUGGGCCCCCUACUAAGCGGCGACCCCAGUAACAACACGGCAUCUUUACCCAUCCACUGGAAAGUCGAUACCAAUGAGACUGUCCUCCACCCCGCAGGCGGGACAUACCCUCGCCUAUGCCGGCUCUCGGACGGUGAUCUACUAUGCUUAACAACUGGAUUCCAAGGCCCCGGAGGUCGCGAGCACGUCCUCCAGGUCUCGCGCAGCGUGGAUGGCGGACACACCUUUAGCCCGCAUGGAGAAGUAACCCGCGGCAUAGGUGAUAUUGAUAACGGCGUCUUAAUUGAAGUACCACCUUCAGUCCCCGGGAACAGUGGCCCGGUUGUUCUCGCCGCAUUCCGGAACCACGACCGCAAGCCCGGCAGCCGACCCUCGCAUUUCCGCAUCACGGUAUGCCGCAGCGAAGACGGCGGGCGUUCGUGGAGAUUCGCCUCCCAGGCCGCGGAGCAGAGUGCAGCCAGCAGUCAUGGUUUAGGAUUAUGGGAGCCGUUUAUGCGACUUGGCGGCAGAGACGGACAGGAAAUACAGCUUACGUUUUCGCGCGAGCUAGCGCACAACGACCAGGAGACCUUCCGCGUAGAUUCUAGAGACGGAGGGGCGACCUGGAGCGGCCCGCCUCGGUGUCUGCGUUGCCAUCCGUCGCAUGAGAAUCUACGCGACGGCAUGCAGGGCAUUGUAAGCGUGCGCGACACGGCGGGCGUCGCAGCAAACGGACAGCAGCAGGACGUCAAUGCGCUGGUUGUAGUAUUCGAGACCACGAGGCAUGGCACAUUCAGCGUCGAAUACGCCGUCUCGUACGAUGAAGGACUCACGUGGGGAUCGAGAGGCGUGGUGUACCGCCCUAAACCCGGUCGCAAUGCAGGCGCGCCGCAGAUCGAGCGCUACGGAGAUCGAGGAAUGGCUGUCGUGUUUAUGACGGACGAGGAGACGGAUGUACCAGCGUGGCCUAGAAAGGCUGCCAUCAAAACAGUAUUCGCCGAGGGUUUAGAAGGAGGUAUGAUACGUUGGAGCCAGCCCGUGCUUAUCCACAAGGCGCCUUCUUUCUGGCCCUCGAUCAUUAGUCUUGGCCAAGAUGAGCUUCUGGCUGUCUACGAGCAUGGAGGAAGACCUCUCGGGAAACGCAUACGAAGAGGCUAAUGUGACGUUUAGGGCGUGUGAUGGCAAAGGCAAAUUUGUUUGAUUGAGAUGUUCUUAGAUAGAGAAGAACCUCUAAUAACUAAUCGACUGGCCAAUGCUGAACAAUGCGAAGGGAAUUAUACUCAGG